AUGACUACCUACCAGGCGACGCGCGUCUAUUUCAAGGACGAACGCCAUGGCUUCUUCAUUAUGAACAAAAAGAGCAACGUUUCAGGCGAUCUUAUUCGAAUCAUCAACCAGAAUGGCACCGAACAACUCAGUAUCGAGAUUGGGGUCAGACUGAAGGAAGUUGACCCCGGAUUCUAUCAGACUCAAAUUGGCCACGUCAAAGAAACAGACAUCCAGGCCGUGGUUGAACUGGCCCGAAACAACCCACCAACCCCCCCGCAAACCUUCCGGGAAUGGACCGAUGCUUUCAUUGAAAUGCUGACCAAGGAAGGUUUGCUCAGCAGUUGGGCUCCAGGUACAAACUUCCCGGCUUCUUGGGGCAGAGCUUGA